UCACCUAAUUUGGGGUGGAACACAGCUGCUGCUUGACACUCCCAUGUCAGUCAACAGCAGUUAAUGGCAGCAUGUGAAGGAAGAACUCAUAUGCUGAAUGGAUCUUUCAGCAGGCAUUUCAAGAAGCAUUAAGCAAGGAGAAUUGCAGUGGUAAAUUUUGGUUGGUUAAUCAGUGUGGAGAGAACCCAUCCUGCUGUUACAGAAGUGCCCCAAGACCUUUAACAGCCUAUGUUAUCCUGCAUCAGUGUUCAUCUCAUAGAAAUAUCAAAAGGCAAUGUUGCUGGUCAUAUAAAACAAAUCAGAAAAUCUGUUGGGAAGAUGGUGAGUGUUUUGAAAGGAAUACUUAUAGAAUGUGACCCAGCCACAAAGCAGUUUCUGCUGUACUUAGAUGAGUCAAAUACCCUAAGGGAGAAGUUCAGCAUACAAGACUUUGUGUUAGCUGAGAUGGUUUCCUUCCUGCAGGAGAGAAUGGGAGAGUUAAUGGACCAGACCUCUUUCCCUAUUACACAAAAAUAGAAAAUGAGACUGAAAUUGUCUGUGUUGAACUGCAAUCAAUAAUGUCUUAAAAAAAGAAAAUCAAGUAUUUUGAAUCUGCCUUUCAUAAACUUCUGAUCCAUCAAGACAAACAAAAUCUAGCAGCUAUCUAUGGUGGCUCACUAGGAUGCAGUUAACCCGUCCUUUUUCAGUUCCAGGAAAAACAGAAGUUAUCAAAA